AUGACCGCCAGACCGCAAACCCGAGGAGACUUUCACGUAGGCAUCGUUUGCACUCUGGAUAUCGAAAAACAAGCAAUCGAUAAGUUCUUCGAUGAAGUAUACAACGCAGCCGAGUACGGAAAACUAGGGGGAGAUGCAAAUUACUACAAAAUCGGCCGGAUCGGCAGACAUGAUGUUGUUCUGGUGAAGCUUUCUGGAGAAGGUACACAGUAUUCUGCGCGAUCAGUAACGGAUCUGAGUCAGUCAUAUCCGGAUAUCAAAGUCUACUUGCUCGUCGGGAUAUGCGCUGGUGUUCCGUUUAGAGGAAAGACUCGGACUCAAGAGACGGAGACUAUACUUGGCGAUGUGAUUAUCGGUGAUAGCAUCGUCCAGACUGAUUACGGAAAACAGUAUACGGAGGAGUAUCAACGGAGAAAGGAUAGACGAGAAGUCCUUGGAAAUCCUCCACUUGAUAUCCGAAAUAUGCUCAGUCACUUGAAAUCUGAGCCGGAGCCUGUGCUAAAUAAAAUGAUGUCUUAUCUUGAGGUUCUCCAGGAACAGGACCAGGGCAAAUGGCAUUACAAGGGUGUUUCAGAAGACAGACUUUUUGAGACUUCGUUUCGGCACAGACACUAUACCAAAGACAUCAAAUGUGAAUGCAUCAAUUGCAAGACAAAGGAUGAUCCAAUCUGCCAUGCAGCUCUACGAGAUUCGUGUACCACAACUGGAUGUGCAGACCACUAUCAUUGUUUGAUCAGUAGAAAUAGGCUGGAAACUACCACCAAAAAUAAUUGCUUUACACCAAAACCCUUAAUCCACUUCGGCACCAUUGCCUCUGCAAACACCGUUCUAAAGUCUGGCGAACAUCGAGACCUGAUUGUUCAAAACGAGCGAGAUCAAUGGGACGAGGAAAUCAUUGCAUUCGAAAUGGAAGGUGCAGGGAUGUGGGACAGCAGGCCCUGUGUCAUCAUCAAGGGAGUUUCGGAUUAUGCGGAUAGUCAUAAAAAUGAUAUCUGGCAUGCAUAUGCAGCAGCUACUGCGGCGGCUUGUACGAAGGCGUUUCUGGAGUUGUGGAUUCCUUCAGAUCCUGUUGUUACCCCGCCGGUACUACGUGGCCGCAGAAGCCUUGAAGGUGAGACACAAUGA